AUGGCCUCUCCCCAAGUCAAUGGCGAUAUCCCGAGCUCUGUCUCUUCCGCCUUCCUCCAGCACCUUCUGAACUACCCCGUCAUUAGCGACAGUGUCGACACCUUCAAGUCCAACGAGUACGGCCAAAAGUCCAUCAAGCUCGGCGACGCUGCCUACCAGACCUUUGCUGCUCCCGUCAUUCCCUGGUUCGCCAAGCCUUACCAGUAUGUCUCGCCUUACGUUCAGAAAGCCGACACCCUCGGCGACAAGACCCUCGACCGCAUUGAUGAGAAGUUCCCCGUCGUCAAGAAGCCCACCACCGACCUCUACAAUGACACCAAGGGCCUGAUCCUCAUGCCCUACACCAAGGGCCUUGAGGGCAAGGAGCACGUCCUACAAGUUUACACCAGCGAGUACAAGAAGAACGAGCAGGCCGGACUUGUCGCACACGGCAAAGCUGCUGUCACUACGGUCCUUGUCGUCAGCAACGAGACCCUGUCCUGGCUCAGCAGCUUCCUCCACGCGAAGAAGACCGAGGCCACUCAGACCGUCAACGACAAGAUCAACCAGUAA